GAGAGAAAAAAGUGUUGUCGAUAGAGAGGGGCGCACAGAGGAGCGCACACUAACGCGUGCAGACACAUAUUUAGUGGGUCAACGGAAUACUGGCCCGUGCGUGCACAUGUACACGCAGAAAAGCGGACGUCUUUACAACUUAAUUACGGAGUAAAUCACCCAACAAUGGAUCGGGAGUUAUGGAUUUAACGGGUAGAGGACUUGAAAUGGGCGGUCGGCUGGUGGUGUUGCUGCUGUGGAGUUGCCUGCUGUCGGCGGUUGACGGCUCACCUCUCCUCCUGUUCGCCAACCGGCGCGACGUGCGGCUGGUGGAUGCCGAGGGCGUGCGGGGCGAGUCGGCCAUCGUCGUCAGUGACCUUGAGGACGCGGCGGCGGUGGACUUCCUGUAUUCCGAGGGUCUGAUAUUUUGGACGGAUGUCAGCGAGGAGGCCAUCAAACAGACGCACUGGAAUCAGUCAUCCAACUCCCUUAAAGAAGCGCUGGGAACCAGCCAGACUGUGGUAGUGUCGGGGCUGGACAGUCCUGACGGGCUGGCCUGUGACUGGCUGGGCAGAAAGCUCUACUGGACAGACUCGGAGACCAAUCGGAUUGAAGUGGCCAACCUGGACGGCACCUCCAGGAAGGUCCUGUUUUGGAUGGACCUGGACCAGCCCAGAGCGAUUGCCCUCAACCCCGCUCAGAGCUACAUGUACUGGACAGACUGGGGGGAGGAGCCCAGGAUAGAGCGUGCUGGAAUGGACGGCAGCAACAGGAAAGUCAUCGUGGUGGUGGACAUCUACUGGCCCAACGGUCUGACCAUAGACCUGGUGGAGCAGAAGCUGUACUGGGCAGAUGCCAAACUCAGCUUCAUCCACAGAGCUAACCUGGACGGAUCGGCACGUGAAACAGUGGUGGAGGGCACCCUGACCCAUCCUUUUGCACUAACACUGUCUGAGGAGACCUUGUACUGGACCGACUGGCAGACCCGCUCCAUCCACGCCUGUAACAAACACAGAGGAGACAAAACCAGAGAGAUCCUCAGUGGGAUCUACUCUCCCAUGGACAUCCAGGUCCUGGAGUCCCAUCGGCAGCCUUACAUCCAGACUCCCUGCAGUGACGACAACGGAGGCUGUAGUCAUCUCUGCCUACUCUCUCCCGUCCAGCCCUUCUACAGCUGUGCCUGCCCCACGGGAGUCCAGCUGAAACCAGAUGGAAAGACAUGCAAACCAGGUAUGGAUCCUAUUUACAUCAGUAUGACUACUAAUGAAUGGCAAUCCCUAAGAGAAGAGUUAUUUUCAAACUGAUUGACUUCUAGAUGUUGAAACCCCAAAAGGAUUCGAUAAGAUGCUGAAGUCAGAUUUGACACAUUCUAUUGAAACCCAAAUUACUGGAAAGGACAGAGAGAGCAAAAUGAAGACGCUAUUAAGAACAAUUUUGUGCUCAAGUAAACAAUGCAAUCACACUGACACAGCAAAAUAGUCCCACCUACAAAGCGUGGUUAACAAGACGUGGGCUCCGUGUUUCAAGAUGGGUCGGUGGGUUGCCGACAUCGCCGCAGAACCCCUCGCACUGAGGACACUCCGUUCCGGUUGACAGUCUCGCCGGGAGCCCCGUCCACCCCUGCAGGGAAAGAGGGCGCAGUGAGCACUAAGUCCACGGCCCCAUGAAGUGACGAGAUCUGGGCACGGGGUGCGGUGAAGCUUGUGUCCGGAGCCGCAAGCUGCUUUCCCCCCUUCUUAAGCCUACAUACUAGAGCCGGUCACGGCCCUCGGCCAGCCAGCAGCCAGGGAGAGGAUCCCCCCUAUCUAGUUUAUAGGUAAUUAACAGGAAACAGUGGAUUAGUCGGGGGAGUUUAUUAUUUUUUUUUAUCACGGAAAAUAAGUUGUAGAAUGCCGUAGGAGGGUAAAGAUAGAUCGAUGUAUCGUUUCAAUAAUCGACGACCCAAUAUCAUCAAUGCUAAGUGAAAACAUCGAUUCAUCUUUAAAAUAAGGCUUUUAUCUUGAAAUUACCAAGACAUGACUUGUGUCACCAUUUCCUCCUGCCAACAGAGCCCAGUAUUCACAUUGUCAAAUCAUACUUUAAUUGCUUUUUGUGAGUUGAUAUUAAUGUAACUGAUUGUGUUAAAUAGGCAGAGGAUAUUGAUCGCAGGUCUCUGAAUGGAAAUUGUAUCCUGGCAGACUUUUUACAUUGGGUUUUGCAGGAUUAUACAACAUUUGUAUCAAAUACAAAUACAAUUGCCUUUUUAUAAUGUGUCCAAGGAAAUGACGUGUCGUCAGUAAGCAUCGUAUCGUUGUCCAAAGACUCAAUACGAUAUGGUAUCGUGAUGAUUUACACCGCUAGCUUGACGUGUUUUGUUAAUUUGCUGACCUGCCGAUGCUGAAAGGAUGCACGGUGCAGCCCUAGCUCGCAGUGGAUUCACAGAGUAUCUCGUAUGUGGCCAUUGUCUGCGGUGUGUACUGUCGUGUCCCAGCGUAGAGCGCAUCAGCUUGAGAACAAGUAAAGAACGACCUCUCUGCUAGCAGAGUGGGUCACUGACUGACUGACCGGCCCGCCAUGUUGAUUCCCACGGUGCUAAAACAAUAGAGCCUUCUUCUGCAAAAAACACAACACUGUGCUGGAGCGCCUCUGUGUCGGUUAGGCUGCGUUAUGUGAACGUAUUCAAUUUGAACGAAGCAUGCCAACCAAUCACUUAGCCACUGUUAACAAUAAAAAACUACAAUGCUCUUGUGUGUGUGUGUGUGUGCGCGCUUCUAAUUUGUUUUGCUUCGCUGGUUAAAUUGAGGCCGUUUGUUAUUAUGCUGGCAGCAGAGCGUGUGUGUGAGUGAGAGUGAGUAAGAGACUGUUUGUCAGAGGUCUUCAAGUGUCUCAGAAUGAAGUCGAGUGAAGAGAAGAGUGGAAUCACAGAUGCUUUCCCUCCUUCUGUUAUGGGGUAGUGUAGUUGGUGGACCCAAACGCACGCACACACAGCAGUUUUACUCCAGCCAAGACUUUAUUUAAAUGU